GGAUAACCGAAGGGAUGCAAAGUCUAUCCGAUGUAUCCAACGUGAUAAGAGAUAAGAAUCGAUCACGCACACAACUGUUAUCUCAUGGCGUAGACGACGGUUCUCCCACCGCCCGCCGGCCGUUCGAGUCGCCGUUUCCAAGUCCAUUUCCAUUCCGUGCUGAAUGCCGGGGGAGGACGUCCAGAAAACGAAUACUCUCAGACACUAUAAAACGACACAAAAUUCACCGAGUAGUUUUUUUAAAAGCUUUUUUUUUAAUUUAAAUUUUUCUUUCGAACAAGACACGAGAUCAUGGCAAUGAAGUACACCAAGACAUGCUUGCAGGCGACGCAAGUGUUCUCCCAGCAAGCAGCCGUGCCUGCGAGAUUAAGCUCAUGGUGGUCCAAAGUGGAGAUGGGGCCACCAGAUGCCAUUCUUGGCAUUACAGAAGCGUAUAAAAAGGACACCAAUCCCAACAAAAUCAAUGUCGGUGUUGGCGCAUACAGAGAUGACAAUGGUAAACCUUAUGUCCUCCCAAGUGUUAUCGAGGCUCAAAAAAGAGUAGUGGACAGCAACUUGGACAAAGAAUAUGCUCCUAUUCACGGGGUAGCUGAAUUUUGUAGUCUCUCGGCCAAACUUGCCUUCGGGGACGACAGCAACGUCAUCGAAAAUAAGUUGAAUUCCACAGUCCAGACUCUUUCAGGAACUGGCGCCCUCCGCAUCGGUGCGGCCUUCCUUCAGAAGUUUUUCCCAGGAAAUAAGGAAGUCUAUUUACCGAGCCCAACGUGGGGAAACCAUAUUCCCAUCUUCAACCACAGUGGCCUACCUGUCAAGUACUACAGGUAUUACGAUCCGAAGACUGUUGGCUUUGACUUUGAGGGAGCGGUGGAAGAUCUUAAGAAUAUACCAGAAUGCUCCGUUGUACUACUGCAUGCCUGCGCUCACAAUCCGACUGGGAUUGAUCCGAAACCUGAUCAAUGGAAGGAACUCAGUCAAGUGAUCAAAGAGAAGAAUCACUUUCCAUUUUUUGAUAUGGCGUACCAAGGUUUUGCAUCAGGUGAUGUGAAUAGAGACUCUCUAGCUGUGAGGUUGUUCGUAGAAGACGGCCAUCAGAUUGCUCUCUGUCAAUCCUACGCAAAAAAUAUGGGACUUUAUGGUGAAAGGAUUGGAGCAUUUUCUUUAGUGAAUUGUGAUAAAGAGGAAGCUGAUAGGACUAUGUCACAGAUGAAGAUCCUAAUAAGACCAAUGUAUUCGAAUCCUCCGAUCAAUGGCGCUAGAAUCGUCCAGACAAUCCUUAGCGAUGAACAACUUCGAAAUCAAUGGCUAGGAGAAGUGAAAGGAAUGGCCGACAGGAUUAUUUCAGUCAGGAAAUCCUUAAAAUCUCUUCUUGUCAAGGAAGGCUCAACCAAGAGUUGGGAUCACAUAACUGAUCAAAUUGGAAUGUUCUGUUAUACAGGAUUAUCUCCUCAACAGGUAGAAAGGCUCACAAAUGAAUUCCAUGUGUACCUGACCAAAGAUGGUAGGGUAUCGAUGGCGGGCGUCACUACAAAAAACGUGGAAUAUUUAGCUCACGCAAUGCAUCAAGUUACAAAAUAAACUACAACACAAAUACAUUUUCCUUAUAAACUAA